AUGCGGCGCAAUACAACAAGCAACGCUUCGACAGAGGCAAGGCGAAAUUGCGCCCAUUUCAACGAGGCGACUACGUACUCGUCAAGAACAAUCCUCGUAACCAGAUAUCCCUCGACCUCAAAUACAGUGAGCCGUAUGAAGUAUGCAGAAUCCUGGACAACGAUCCGUUUCCGAUCCGAUUCCGUAAGAUACAAGUUAAGGAUGCCAGUAUGGCCAAACGAAACCGGAGAUUUCGGCAGAGUAGGUCGUACCACACACUGGAAAUAUGUGCCGAUGCGGAUUCAGGAAGAUCUUAAAGUGACAAGUACACCAGGCGUGAGGGAUUGGAACCUCCCCGAGGCAUUGAGGCCAGAGGAAGGAGGAGCAGGAACCCCCAAUCGUAAUUGUCUGGGUUGGGCACGUGCAGCUACUUUGACCAAUGAUCAAGUAGCAUUCCUGGAGAGCGCGAACGUAAUGGAAGAUGCGUUUCCGGUCAAAUUUUCGAAAUUUCAAUACAGUACCGAUUUGUAUGAAAAGGUUUCGUUAGCACUAUCUAAGACUGAGGAAAAGAUUAAAAUCAUUCCCCAGACGAAGAAGAACGCUGAAGGAGCUAUCGCACAGGUCUGUUGGAUACAAGUAGAAAAUACUGACCAAGACACAUCACCAAACAACUUUUAUUGUGAGUCAAGAAACAAUCAAGUUGUAACAUCAUCUGAAUUGGAUGCGCGCCAAAUUCUAGCAUCUUUGAUUCUGUCAUUCAGAGUACAAAAAGAUCAAAUUGGAGAGACCAGACCGUAUAGCGUUUACGCUUUCGGUAACUAUCGCGGAGUACCAGAUACAUGGCAUAGUACCCGAAACACGGUCUUCAACGAUGGUCGAGCCGAUAGGUGGAACGUUAAGGAGUACACUGCGCCAUUUACGGAUAAGUCAGAUCGGUACAUCAUCAAGCGAGUGACCGGCAGAGGGCGCCCUCGAGUUGCGCCGAGCGCCCCAGCCCGGCGAGCAGGACACCGUGUCGAGGGACAGUGUAGAGGACCCCGAGCGACAACCAGCGAGCGUGCCGGCCGACGAGACUGAAACAGAUGCCACAUCUCGGCCCCAGCCCCUGCCGUCUACCUCGCGAGCUGCCCAGGCCUUGGAUGCUUAAUGACCCGCGACUGGUGCAGAGCACGCACACUGUCUCGCAGAAUGGCCGUGUCGACGCACCACUCUAAUUAUAUGGAAAAAUUAAUUAAUCAAUCAAGAUUAAUUCCUAAUUUAACAUGCGGCGUAAUUAUUGAUUGUAAUUAUCACACGUGUAGUAAAAUCUCUCAUCUCUCAUCAACCGAAUGAUCAUGGUUCUAUACUCUUCGCAUAUACGAGUGUUACUGUGUUGUGUGCUAUAAUUGUCAUGUUGUAUUUGUUAUUUUAGUUAUGUGUUAUUUCUUCUACACACACUUAUCAGUUUUUUUUUUUUUUUUUUUAUUGCUUUGAUGUGUGGACGAGCUCACAGCCCACCUGGUGUUAAGUGGUUACUGGAGCCCAUAGACAUCUACAACGUAAAUGCGCCACCCACCUUGAGAUAUAAGUUGUAAGGUCUCAGUAUAGUUACAACGGCUGCCCCACCCUUCAAACCGAAACGCAUUACUGCUUCACGGCAGAAAUAGACAGGGCGGUGGUACCUACCCGCGCGGACUCACAACAGGUCCUACCACCAGUAAUUACGCAAAUUAUAAUUUUGCGGGUUUCACUUUUAUUACACGAUGUUAUUCCUUCACCGUGGAAGUCAAUCGUGAACAUUUAUUGAGAACGUAUUUCAUUAGAAAAAUUGGUACCCGCCUGCGGGAUUCGAACACUGGUGCAUCGCGCUCAACGCGAAUGCACCGGACGUCUUAUCCGUUAGACCACGACGACUUCAAUUAUUCUCAUUAUCCUCUCGCAGGUCUGCUGGAAGAGAUUUCUCAAAGAAACAAGCAGUGCCUUUGUACAUAAUUUUCCUAUUACUUUGUACUGUGUCUUGUUUUCUGUGUGUACAUAAAUAAAUAAAUAAAUAAAAUAAAAAUAUUUCAGACUGAUUGUUAAUUUAAGCAAAAUGCAAUGUUAUGGUUUGCUGUCACUUGGGCAGCAAACGAUAACGUUGCAUUUACCAUUCGUCUUCAGAGGAAUGUUUAAUCAUUUGCUAAAUUCAUUUCUUGAUUUUUAAGCGACGUCUACUUGUUUAACACGAUCUUUGGUUAAGAUUAAUGUUUAAAGGAACUCUGCCAGAUUUUGUAAUACGCGGAAACGAUACCACGUGAUUACGUUUGUAAGGAUAGAUUCAACUUUAGAUUUAGUUAGUGACCUAAAUUAGUUGUUUAAAUUAAUUUGUGAUUUAACUAUCAAGUUUGGAAAAUUUAGUGAGUUUGCGUUUUAAUAAUUUGUGAAUUUGAAGUAAUUUCCGUCUUGACAAGAGGGAGCCACCGAACUAUCAAGUUUGGAAAAUUUAGUGAGUUUGCGUUUUAAUAAUUUGAGAAUUUGAAGUAAUUUCCGACUUGACAAGAGGGAGUCACCGUUUUUGUUUUUCGGGGUGGCGGCUUGUAUGUCAUCAAGACGGAAAGACUUUCUUUCUGUGCUGCGCCUCGGCUGCGACCAGACGCUCUGAGAGUACAUACUGUUUUAUUAUUUUAAGGUUAUUUUUAAGUGUGUAUAUCAGUGCUAGGCGAAGUGUUGUAAUUAAAUAGUGUUAAACUAUAA